AAUUUGAAUUUGUAACUCUGUAUGUAUACGAUGCAGUUCCGGAAAUCAAAGGUGAAAUUCCAGGCGGUGGACAAACACGGCCAACCGAUACCAAACGCCACCGUUUCAAUCAAGCAGCGCCGCCCCAAUUUCCCAGUCGGCUGCGCAAUCAACCAAAACAUCCUCCAAAACAGCGCCUACCAAAACUGGUUCACAACCAGAUUCAAAUACACCGUAUUCGAAAACGAACUCAAAUGGUACUCAAACGAGAGAUCUCGUGGCUCGGAAGACUACUCCGCAUCCGACGCCCUAGUCAAAUUCGCCCAAUCCCGCGGCGUCGCAGUCCGCGGCCACAACGUUUUCUGGGCUAACCCGGCCGACCAGCCGAAUUGGGUGCCGGGACUUUCGUCGAACGACUUGUGGGCAGCUUCGAACAAGAGAAUAAAUUCAGUGAUGGGGAGAUACCGGGGGCAGCUUUUCCACUGGGAUGUUAUGAACGAGAAUCUGCACUUCAAUUUCUUCGAGAGCAAGCUUGGUUGGAACGCUUCCACUGUAUUCUACGGGAAGGCGAAUGCGAUUGACGGGAAAACGACGCCGUUUUUGAACGAGUACAAUACUAUUGAAGAGAGCGGCGAUGGGACUUCGUCGCCGUCCAAGUAUUUGCAGAAGAUUUCGGAGAUGAGGAAGAACGGGUAUAAUGGUCCUUUGGGUAUUGGUGUGCAGGGGCAUUUUACGAAUGCGAAUCUGCCAUAUUUGAGAUCCGCCAUUGAUCAGCUUGCUUCUGCCAAAUUGCCCAUUUGGGUUACUGAAUUGGAUGUUAAAUCCGGCCCCAAUCAGGUAAUAUAUGUCUUUUUUUUUCAAUUUAAAAUCUAUAAAUAUUUAUUUACAAACGAAAUCAAGAAGAGUGUGCUCGUCAUUACGUUAACUGACGAACUAACGGCAUCUUACUUGGAGAAGAUACUAUGGGAGAUUCAUUCACACUCGGCUGUACAAGGCAUUAUAAUUUGGUCUGCAUGGAGUCCUAACGGAUGCUACGUUAUGUGUUUGACCGAUAAUAACUUCCGAAACUUGGCAACCGGAAAUAUCGUCGACAAGGUUAUGAAUCAAUGGACCCACGCAGCUGAUUUGCCGGGCCCCACAGAUUCCAACGGCAUCUUCGAAACUUCACUAUACCAUGGUGAAUAUGAAGUCAAAAUCAAUCACCCUAAUGGAGACGCAGUUUCUAAUUUGCAUGAAAUUAAUCUCCUACCGAACGACGAAGCUCAAGAUACUUACCGUAUUACGAUAAACGUGUAG